AUGGCCCCGGCGAGCAGACGCAACAAUAGCUCCCUCCCGCCGGGCUAUGUCGAGGAUAAGUCAAAGGGGCCGAUGCUCCGCUUCCAGGACUCGCUUCCGCGGCUGCCAGUGCCAACACUAGAGGAGACGGCCAGCCGGUACCUCAGGACUCUCAAGCCGCUACUCACACCCAAAGAGCUUGAAGCCAGCACCAAGGCGGUGCAGGAGUUCAUCGCGCCCAACGGUCCCGGCCGGAAACUGCAGGAGAAGCUAAUAGCUCGCCGGGAGGACCCCAAGAUCAAGAACUGGCUGUACGAGUGGUGGAACGAUGCGGCCUACCUCAGCUACCGCGACCCCGUUGUGCCCUACGUGAGCUACUUCUAUUCAUACCGCGAUGACCGCCGCCGGCGCGACCCGGCCAAGCGCGCCGCCGCCAUCUCGACCGCCGUGCUCGAGUUCAAGAAGCAGGUUGACCAGGGCACGCUCGAGCCCGAGUACAUGAAGAAGCUGCCCAUCUGCAUGGACAGCUACAAGUGGAUGUUCAACGCCAGCCGCGUGCCCGCCAAGCCCGCCGACUACCCAGUCAAGUUCGACCCUGCCCAGAACAAGCACAUCCUCGUCGUCCGCAAGAACCAGUUCUUCAAGAUCCCGCACGAGGUCGCCGGCCAGCAGUUGAACACGGCUGAGCUCGAGCAAGCCUUCCGCCGCGUCUACGAGCUGGCCGGCCAACGCGUCCCGGCCGUCGGCGCCCUUACCUCGGAGAACCGCGACGUGUGGACCGAUGCGCGCGCAGUACUGCUCUCAGCCGACCCGUCCAACGCCAAGGCGCUCGAGGCCAUCGAGUCGGCCUCGUUCGUCGUCUGCCUGGACGACGCCAGCCCCGUGACGCUCGAGGAGCGCGCGCACGCUUACUGGCACGGCGACGGGCAGAACCGGUGGUACGACAAGCCGCUGCAGUUCAUCGUCAACGACAACGGCACGGCGGGCUUCAUCGGCGAGCACAGCAUGAUGGACGGCACUCCGACGCACCGGCUCAGCGACUACGUCAACGACGUCAUCUUCAACAACAAGCUCGACUUUUCCGACCCCAACGUGCGCUCCAACCUCCCCGAGCCCCAGGCCGUCCGGUUCGUCGUCACCAAGGAGGUCCAGGACGAGAUCGACCGCGCCGUGCGAGAUUUCAACAACGUCCUCGCGCAGCACCAGCUCGCCGUGCAGGCGUACCAAGGCUACGGCAAGGGCCUGAUCAAAAAGUUCCGCUGCUCCCCCGACGCCUACGUGCAAAUGAUCAUCCAGCUGGCCUACUUCAAGAUGUUUGGCAAGAACCGCCCCACGUACGAGUCGGCCGCCACGCGGCGGUUCCAGCAGGGGCGCACCGAGACGUGCCGCUCCGUCUCGGAGGAGAGCGUCGCCUGGUGCCGCGCCAUGGCCGACGAGUCGGUCGACAAUGAGCACCGGGUGGCCCUCUUCCGAAAGGCGAUCGACGCCCACCUCGAGUACAUCUCCGCCGCAUCAGACGGAAAGGGCGUCGAUCGCCACCUGUUCGGCCUCAAGCGUCUGCUUGAGCCCGGCCAGGAGGUGCCGUCGCUCUACAAGGACCCUGCCUAUGCCUAUUCGAGUUCGUGGUACCUCUCCACCAGCCAGCUGAGCUCCGAGUACUUUAAUGGGUAUGGCUGGAGCCAGGUUAUUGAUGACGGGUUUGGCAUUGCGUAUAUGAUUAAUGAGAAUAGCCUCAACUUCAACAUCGUUUCCAAGGGCCAGGGGUCUGACAGGAUGAGCUUCUACAUCAACGAGGCGGCUGGCGAUAUCCGCGACAUGCUGAUGCCGACGCUUGAGGCGCCCAAGGCCAAGCUCUAA